UUUACAUUGUCAGUUCAGUGACGGAACUUCCUAAUGACUAAGCACAAUGACUUCGCGUUUUACGAUAUCAGGUUCUCGGAACUGCCGUUUCUUCUGGAAAUACACUAUUUUUCUGCAAUAUAUGACGUGACACCCAAGUAACAGUUACAUGGUGAUAUCCGUUUGUGCGUAAAUUACAUCUGAACAAGCACUGUCUCAGUGUCUGACUGACCGACGCUACACAAACAGCAUGUCUGAGACUCUUCAGCCAGUAGUGUUCCUCUCCCACGGCGGUGGCCCCUCCUUCUUCAUGUCGAGGGACGACUUCCCAGCCUUCAAAGCAAUAGACAAGGACUCCAAGGCUGCUGACUACCUCAGGAACAUGGUCGAGAGAGAAAAGCUGCCCCGCCCCAAAGCCAUCCUGGUUGUCAGUGCCCACUGGGAAGAACCCCGCCCCACAGUCAUGACCGGCCCCUCCCCACCCCUCUACUUCGACUACUAUGGGUUUCCUAGUGACACAUACAAGCUGAAGUGGCCCUCCCCUGGGGCUCCGGAAUCGGCCCAGAGAACCAGGCAGGUGCUGGAGGCAAGGGGAUUUACUUGUGGUUCCGACCAAAAUCGAGGCUUUGACCACGGUGUCUUUGUCCCACUUCUCCUGAUCUACCCUAAAGCUGAUAUUCCAGUGUUCCAGCUCUCUCUCAUGUCCAACCUCAAUAUGGAAAAGCACCUUGACCUUGGUGAGGCAUUGUCUGACCUUCGGAAAGAGGGUAUCCUGAUCAUCGGCAGUGGCUUCACAACCCAUGGAAAGAACAUGCUGGGACAUCCGGGUCCCCCUGCCCCCUGGGCUCUGGAAUACCAGAAGUGGCUGCAUGAUAUCCUGCAAAAUCCGGAAUAUUCACGGGAAGACAGACGGAGGAAGCUGAUUGGCUGUGUCAGUAAGCAGGAAUUUCCCGUAGCACAUCCGCGUAUUGAACACUUUCUGCCGAUUGCAAUGACCCUUGCUGCUGCAGGCUACACGGCGCCGAGGAUCGGAUACUCAGAGUACAUAUCUACAGGGGGGAUUCUGGAACAUUAUGUGUUUCAAUGACUGAUCUGCCACCCUGACUGUUUCAUGAAUCUGCCACCCUGACUGUUUCAUGAAUCUGCCACACCAACUGUUUCAUGAAUCUGCCACACCAACUGUUUCAUGAAUCUGCCACACUGACUGUUUCAUGAAUCUGCCACACUGACUGUUUCAUGAAUCUGCCACACUGACUGUUUCAUGAAUCUGCCACACUGACUGUUUCAUGAAUCUGCCACACUGACUGUUUCAUGAAUCUGCCACACCAACUGUUUCAUGAAUCUGCCACCCUGUUUCAUGACUGCCCCACCAACUGUUUCAUGAAUCUGCCACACCAACUGUUUCAUGAAUCUGCCUCCCUGUUUCAUUCAGAUGUGACCCGGUAUUAUGAUGAACAUUGUUGUAAUAUAUGGUAUAGAUAUAGCAAUUAGACACAUCAGAUUCAUUUUGAUGUACAUGUCAUUUUAAGUACAAGUGUUUAUCAAUAGUAUACACUGCAUAAUGAUGAAUUCCCUUGUAAUCAACACACAUUUACAAGGAAUUAAACCUUGACAAACCUUUCACACUCUGUCAAGACAUUUAAAGGGGUUUUAUGUGAUUUGUGCAGGUGAGUCUAGUGACGACACAUGGGGUCCUGUACUCAACUCUCUUGUUAACACUUUUGAGACGGUUAAGCUGAGAUAGGGUCUAUCUUGUUUUGUUGCAAUAAGACUUGUUUUUAAUGAAGAACCAUAAAACUUAACUUCACUUGGUGCCGGGCUGUUAUGAGGGGCAGUGGGGUAGAAAAGUGGUUAAAGCUUUCUCUCAUUAUGCUGAAGCCCUGGGUCGAUUCCCCACAUGUGUACAAUGUGUGAAGCCCAUUUCUGGUGUCCCUCACGAUGAUAUUGCUGGAAUAUUGCUAAAAGUACACCACACUCACUCACUUUCAAUUCACAAGUAUUUGAAUCCUGUUUUAUUUUGUUGUUUCUUCUUUUGUUUUUUUUAUGUUCAAAGAUGUUGAAUCUGUUAUUGCUUACCAUGAAUGUGAUUUGAGAAUAAGACUGUACAAUAAAUCUUGAAAAUAAACAA